UGCUCCAUGUCAGAUUCCAACACAACCCACUUCACCAACCCCUCCACCUUCAUCCUGCUGGGCAUCCCUGGCUUAGAGAAAGCCCAUGUCUGGAUCUCCAUCCCCUUCUGCACCACUUAUGCCAUAGCUGUCUUGGGGAACUUUACCAUCCUGUUCAUCGUGAAGAGGGAGCCAAGCCUCCGUGAGCCCAUGUACUAUUUUCUCUGCAUGCUGGCCAUCACCGACCUGGUCCUGUCCACAUCCAUUCUACCUAAAAUGUUGGCAAUCUUCUGGUUCAAUACCAAGGAGAUCCUUUUCAAUGCCUGCCUCAUGCAGAUGUACUUCAUUCACUGCUUCACCAUAACAGAGUCAGGGCUCUUUUCAGCCAUGGCUUUGGAUCGCUACGUGGCCAUCUGCCAUCCCCUGAGACAUUCCACCAUCCUGGCGACCCCUGUGGUGGCCAAAAUUAGUUUGGCAGUCAUGUUGCGUGGCUCCACAUCCACGAUGCCUUUUCCCUUCCUGGCAAGGAGGUUGCCGUACUGCCAAACUAACAUCAUCCCGCACUCCUAUUGCGAGCACAUUGCUGUGGCAAAGAUGGCCUGUUCGGACAUACGUGUCAAUAACUACUAUGGUCUGUUUGUGGUCUUGGCUACGAUGGGUGUGGAUAUCAUUUUCAUCACUGUGUCCUAUGUUCUCAUCCUCAGGGCCAUCUUCAGACUCCCCACAAAGGACGCCCGGCUCAAGACUUUUGGCACAUGUACCUCCCACCUAGGUGCCAUUUUAUCCUUUUACAUCCCUUCCCUUUUCUCCUUUCUCGCACAUCGGUUUGGCCACAAUAUACCCCUGAACUUCCACAUUCUCCUCGCCAACGUGUACCUCCUGGUGCCCCCCAUGCUGAACCCCAUCAUCUACGGGGUGAAGACCAAACAGAUCCGGCACAGGCUGCUCCGUCUCUUCACUCAUAAAGGGAUAUGA